GUGCGGCAACAUCACCUCAUAGUUCGCAGCGCCGGAAAAGGCCGUGGAGCUAAACUGCACUUUGACAAAAAUGAACUUGCACCCGCCAUUGACCUACCCGUGACGCACACGACAACCACCCGGCCGUCUCAAGAUGCGCUGACGGGAUGGAACGGCAGCACAGGGAAGAAUCAGCGCCAUGUCUUCCUCGCUUCCCGUUCCCUCCAAGGCGGCCUUGACGGCGCUGCGAGGACUCGCCGUGGGCACAACCUGCACGCUCGCCCUCGUCGUCGAAGACCGGCGGCGGAAGAUCAACAAUGCGCUGCGCGUCAUUGAAAAUGGCCAGAAGAUCAAGUCGGCGAAGCGUUACCGUGCCGGCGGCGGCGCACUCGCCGUGGCCUUGGAGGAGGAGGCCCUCUGGGAUCCGGGGCUCCUCGCCGGCUCGCGAAUGGGCCUAGCGUUGCAAGAAGGCGAUCUACGCAGCGCGGAAUCAGCAUUGAGCCCGACUACGAGGAAAAGCAGUCUGGGUGAUGAAAACAAUGGUGGCGUGGAUACGGUGGAAAAUAUGGCCCUCGACGGGGUUGAGACGGAGUCAAGAGCGAGGGAAAAGCCGGAGGCCGAAGCCGCAAUUGCAGUGAAGAGCGACGCCAGCGAUAUCGAUUAUGCUUGCUCUUUUGCGCCGAAUCAUCAGCGCCUCCGAAACGCGUCAAGCACCUCGAUUCAGGACUCCUCACGACUUGGAGGCAUGCUGUUCAAAUCGAGCCCGAGGUGGUUUUUGACGAACACGGAGCUCAUCAAGCGCUAUGCGUUCCCGACCAUCGACGAGAUUGUGGCCCAGGUGCACGAAGCCUGCCGCACCAGGGAUGGUCGGCAAAUUGCCACCGCACUGCGCAACAUGCUGGAGGUCAUGGGCCAGAGAUCAGCCCCAGACAACUUGGACCAGUCCUGGAUUGAAGCCAGCGCGCUGCUGUGUCGGACCUGUCAGGAGGAAGGCAUGCUGGAGGACGCUAUGAAGCUCCUCCUUGCCGUUAUCGCUCGGGGCCCGCUGGAGGAGAGCGCGUAUCUCCGCCAUGAGCCCUUCGCCCUCAUUCGGUCGUUGCUGGGGCGGACAGAGCUGAGCGAGGAGACGCGGAGUGCCUACCAGCUGAACCUCGACGCAGGCAUCAACUUGUUCCUGCCGACCUUUACAGCCCGGCCAACAGAUCCGGACGGCCAAAUGUACGUCCUCGGACGCGAGCUGCUCGAGCUCAGCUUUUCGAUGGAUCGAUUGCAGAGGAUCUUUGGCAUGUAUCGGCGGUGUAACUUGGUUGCUGGUGAGCGAUCCGAGAGCUUGACCUCGUGGUUUCUCACGAAGCUGUACGAGAAAAGGGACUACAAGUCCGUGGUCAAGGUCUUCCUCUCGACCUACGCCAAGAGCUCUCCAACCGCAGAAUCCCUUCACGCCAUCGGAGACAUGAUUGUCGAGAGCGUCGAGCUUGGCCACAACUACCGGCCGGAGCAGGUCCUCAAAACGCUCCACAGCAUUUGCUCCGAUUUGGGGGACACCAAGCUGAGCUCGCACUGGGUCAUUAAGCUUCUUGUGUCCCAUUGGAAGCAACAUCACGACUUCCAGGCGAUUGAGACACUCUUCCAAGAGUUACAGACGCCUAGCCUGAAGGACUCAGUGUACCGCUCCGACAAUAUCUACCGCAUCAUGGUCGAGCUGGCUCUGGAAGCUGGUGAACGAGCCAAGGCUGACUCGUAUUUCGCGGCUGCCACUGCCGCUAACGGCGCUCUUGCGUCAGACGUCCGGCUGCUGGGCGUUUUUGCUCGCUUCCGUGCGAAGGACGGGGACUGGGCUGCAGUUCGCGCUACUUUCGAGGCCAUGAAGCAGCGCGGGAGACCGAAGCACAAGGCCUACGGUCAGGUCUUUGUUCCGGUGCUCAAGGCCUACGCCGACACGCACACGGUCCGCGAGACCGAGGCAUUCCUCAAGUCCUAUGCCGACGAACUGGAGGUGCCAUUGUGCAGCUACAUGGUCACGCUCAUGGCGAAACAGUACGGGGCCGCCCGCGAUGUCCGCUCCUUGAUCAGCUGGCUCGACUACUCGAGUCGGGCUGGCUUUCCUGUCGACGCUGCCUUCACCAACGCCAUCCUGGUGAGAUGUCGAAGGCAGUGGAAGUUCCCCUUCCGAGACCUCCGUACGCUCUACCGGAAGCUGAGGGCCUUGAACCCCGACUUCGUCGACAAACAUACCGAACAAGUCAUGGCGGAUGCCGCGCUGCUGGACUCCAAACAUGUCGGCUGCAGCGCGGCGAAAGGGCGCCUGCUCUCGUUGAGAGUCGACCCAAACAAGCUCUCAUUCAGGGCCAAGGGUGCCCAGGUCGAGGACCUCGUCUUCGCGAUGAAGGAAGCACUGGCUGUUGGCUGCCCUCGUCGCGCCGUCUGGCUCUACAAGCGCGCCCUCCAUCUUGGCAUGCCGUUCUCUCAGCAGACCUUGCGGCUGGCAGUACAGGCGCGGUUGCGCGCCGCGCCCACGGACUACCACGGGGCAUACGCCCUCAUUCAAGCCGCGCAGGCAAAGGGCCAAGACGUCCACUCCGUCAUCAACCAGCUUCUCGCCAAACAGCUGGGCGAAAUAAGCUGCACCACCAACCCAACAAAAACUUACGAGACGGUCCGCGCCACGCUCGCCCACUACCGGAACUGCGGCAUCCCGCUGAAAGAGCCGUCGCUCCACCGCGCUGCGCUCACCUGCCUGAGCGCGGGGCACAUCCGCGGCGCCAUCACGUACGCGCUCGAAGCCGCCGAGGUGCGCGGCGGCUCGGCCGGGCCCUGCUUCGACGUGCACAACUUCAAGAUCCUCCUGGCCGCCUACGCCGAGCUGGUGGACGUCGCCGGCCUCCAGGACACCGUCGACCGGGCGCUCGCGAGCGACUACAAGGAGGACUCGGCGUGCCGCACGGCGCUGCGGCACGCGCGCGUCAGGGUCGCGCACUCGCGCGCCUGGGGCGUCACGCUGCAGCAGCGGAUGCGGGCGCGGGCGGUGCUGGACGAGGGCAUCCGGCGGGUGGUGGAGGCGCGGCGGCGGCGGCGCGACGAGGGGAAGCUCCUCGAGGCCGCGGCGAUGCGCAUCAUGCGGCGCGCGGCGCUCGACGCCGGCUGUCCGCCCGUCGACCUGGACGCGAUACCCUGGCUCGGCGGGGGGAAAGGGAAGAAGGAGGAGAAGAAGGGGAGCGAGACGGGGGAUGAGGACGGGGUUGCGGACGGGUUCCUUGGUGCGGAGUAUUUUGCUCCGUUGGGGCGGGAGCUGGACGGCGGCGGUGCGGCGAGGGUGGCGGCUGUCGAGGCUUUCUAGAAAGACGCAGUAUGCUGGCUUGCGGAGGGAGGGACGGGGGUCAAAAGGCUACUGAGAAGGGUGGUCAAAAAAACGAC